CAUUCAUUUUCGGAAGUUCGAGUCUACUGAAGAAAAAGUUUAAUUAUGUCUGGACGUGGCAAAGGAGGCAAAGGAUUGGGAAAAGGAGGCGCUAAGCGUCACAGAAAAGUAUUGAGAGAUAAUAUCCAAGGUAUCACCAAGCCAGCUAUUCGUCGUCUCGCAAGAAGAGGUGGUGUAAAACGUAUUUCUGGUCUCAUCUAUGAAGAAACUCGUGGGGUACUCAAGGUGUUUUUGGAAAACGUCAUCCGUGAUGCUGUAACCUACACAGAACACGCCAAAAGAAAGACUGUUACUGCUAUGGACGUCGUCUAUGCUUUGAAACGCCAAGGACGUACUCUCUAUGGUUUCGGUGGUUAA